AGCGAUAACACUUAUAUUGAACGCAUAUAUAAAAAAAAAGACAGAUAUGUAAAAAAUUAUUCAUUUUUUAGAAAAAUUUAUAACACAACCAUAUGCGUCAUAGAAUAGGAAAUUCCUAUGCACAUAAUUUCAUUGUUUACGCUUGUAUUUAUUAUUUUUAUAAAAUGGCAUAUUGUCAAAGUUAUACACCGGAUUAUUUUGCAUUAAAUGAUAUUUUAUCUACUGAAGAACGGGUAUCUUGUAAAAUUGAAAUACAGAUGCUUGGUUUAGGUUUUUUGGAUUCUUCAUCUACAUCUAGAGAUUUAAAGGUAGGAUCAAAAGUAGAAUUUCCAUUAUGGUUAGCAGAAUCAUUAAAGAAUCUGAAAGAUUCAAUAGUUAGUAUUGAUGUACCAAAUAUAUAUAAAGAAGGAUACAGGGAAAUUUUAGAAGCAGAUGCUGAUGCUAUUGUUUUAAGUAAGUGGAAUCCAUUUUAUUAUGAAAUAGGAAUGCAUGUAAGAAAAUUUAAUGAUAGAGAUUCUGAACAAAUCACUGAAAGCUUAUUACAGACAUUUAAAUCUCGUUUUCGAUUAAUUAUGGACUGGGCUCAAAAUCCAAUAUCUGAUCCUACAUUAGCAAAUCAACUUCCUCGUCUCGAAAGAGAUCUUUUUCUUAUCGGCCGAAAAGCUAAAGUUCGGCUUUUAGAAUGGUUAAAAGGAGAUACAAAUAACAUUAUUUCUUCUGAAAUUACAACAAACUUGAAAAAACGAAAACGUGCACAAUUUGAGCUUAAUUAGUGACAUUAUUUUAUAAAAAAAAAAAGACUGAAAUUGAUAAAAUUAAUUUUUUACAAAAUAAUGUUCUUAUUGAGUUUUAAAGUAAUUGAUUAAAAAUAUAAAUAUUGUAGA